AUGUCACGAAAACGAGCUAAAUAUUUAGUGGAUUUAGCCAAAAAGGAGAAAAAUUCAUUGAGGAGUUUUGAUAAAAAUGUCGUCUCUAAUGAUACUUCUGACAGCAUAGAUAAUACCCCCGUACCUUCAUCUUAUAGUGAUUUUUCGGAAUCUUCACAAAGUUUAAACGGUACUUUAGUGCCGACUUCUCGCCAAGAAACCGAAGAUCACACCAGAAAUCAGUACGUCCGUCCAGGUUAUGACUAUUCUGUAGUAUCGACCCCAAAAAAUAAUAAACGUAGAUCUAAACAAAGAACUGAGGUGGAUCUCAAACGUCAUAAACUUGAAGAUAAUCUGUGCUCGAAGAUGAGUGGAUAUGUAGAAAGAGAAAAUGUUUGUGUAACAAUGGAAUUGAGUAUACUACGUCAAAAGGGAAAACUAAAGCACCAAGAAGCAUUAAAGAAUUUAUUAACAACUGAAUAUGAUGAGAAUAAUGUAAGUGAUGAUGAAGUUUGA